AUUUCGAGAAGUACUGGAAUUGUUUCACAUUUUGUGAAUCUAAAAAUAGUGGUACCAGAAGCAACUAUCUUAGGGAGUGGUGAGCACCACGUCGACGUAGGAUCUAUUAUAAAUCUCGUAUGCAUAAUAGAAAAGAGUCCAACGCCACCGCAGUACGUGUUCUGGUAUCACAAUAGCAGAAUGAUAAACUAUGACACAACGCGUGGAAGCGUUGUUGUAUUAACCGAAUCAGGACCAACCCAAAGCAAGCUAACCAUUCGCCAAGCGAUCGAAUCGGAUACGGGCAAUUACACGUGCAGUGCAUCUAACACUAAGCCUGCAUCGAUCUAUGUCUUCGUUACAGAAGGUGACAAAAUGGCAGCGAUUCUUCGACGGAAAACGUCGGGAUCUUAUAGAACAAGAGAAAGUUUGGUGCUAACACUAAUAUUAUUCAGCGCCCUUUUAGUGCGAUAAACGUUUCAUUAAAAAUGUCCAUAAUUAUUUAUUUUAUGUGAUAGAUAGAAACAUUUCACAACUAUACUAUCGGUUUUUUUCACAUCGAGGUUAAUAGCAAUUGGUCUGAGAAUUUUGCAAAAAUUAAAAAAAAAAACAAAAAGAUAUUAUCAAAAAAAAGAAAAUGAAUAUCUGGAGUCAUUAUUCAUCACCUAAAUUGUGUAAAUAUUGUUAAUCGUAAAUAUUUGGUGGACGAUGGAUGCCUAUCGAGAUGAGAUUUGGCUUAAUGAUAAAUAAAAAUAAGUAAUUCAAAUAACAAAAUCUAUCCGUUUGUAAAUUUAAUCCUUUUCGAGUUUACAAUUAUUUUUCCAUAAUUUUGAAAUAAUUUCAAAUUUUAGUUUUCCAAAUGAAGCAAAGUAACAUCAUUAAAUUAUCAAAUACGUGCGAAAAAAAAAUUUGAUUCGAAUAAUCGGUUACUUUAUUAUCAAAUAAAUAUUUACUUAAACCAAAUAAUUGAAUUAAAUAAACUGUAUUUGAACUAAUAAUUUCUCUAUUUGAAACAUAUACAAUUUAAUUAAUUAUUUUUAAUAUAAAUAAAUAUUUGAUAAUAGUCAAAUUAUUUGAAUCAAAUAAAUUUUUUGCAGUAGUGAAAAAAAAAUGAAUGGGAAAAUAAAACUUAUGCUUUUUGUUUUGGCAACCUUUCUUUCGUUUUAAUACUAAAUCAUCAAAAGUCGCAGGAAGAAGAAACGACAAACUAUCUCAAAAAAUGCAUUAAAAAAAAAGAAAAAGAGAAA